UGCUGCUGUGAAUGCUGCUCUAUCUGCAACGUUUCGGUUUCCCACAAAACAGUCUUUUGUGCACUUAAAUUGAUAUUUAGCCGUCUCUUUGAGCUUUUCCCUGUAUUUCAAAACAAUGCGCCGAGAAGAAAAACGACGUAGGUUCAAUGAAGCCGUCGUCGACAUGCUCUUUCCCCAACCACCGCCUCCUCCACAAGUACUUGGGGAAGAGGAGGAGGAGGAGGAGGAAAACGAACCGGUGAACAUAUUACGGGAAGACUUCGAUACGAAUCUUAUUCCAGACGAUUUGGAAGAGAGUGGUUGCUCUGCCUGCGAUGAUACAGAUGGUGAAUCCGGGCCUCGGAGGAAGCUGACGAGGGCUCAGAGGAAGAGGCUUCGCAAGAAGAAGCUCAAGGAGGACGCAUCCCGCCGCGGGAAUAUUGUUGGGCCGUUGUUACGGCCUUCAACAAGUGAGAGCGAAGGUGGUGAUGUUGAGACGGAACCUCCAGAUGUUCGACGUAAUGUCGCUGAGAAGAAAGUUGAUGCUACAGCUGCCAACUCAGCGGGCCCUUUGUGUUAUGUAUUUUUGUUCAGGAGAGGAGGCUGCUUGUGCCAACCAAAAAAAACUGAAGCACAGAAGGAUGGCUAAAAGGCUGGCAAAGGACAGAUUGAAGCCAUCUAAUCUGGAGAAUUGCAGUCAAAAUGAUCAGCCUCUUGCUGAUCAGAACGUGGGUUCCACGUGAAAUCGUGACGCCCGGUACAUUCUCCUGUCUUUCCAUUUUAAAAAUUAACAAUUAUUGAUUCACGGCUCUUACAAAUCCAAUAGAUAAUUUUUAAAAUGGGAGGAUGAGAGAAUGAUGGUAUAGAUAUAUUGAUUAUAUAUUGAUUAUUGAGUUAUUUGAAUUAAUUGAAUAUGAAAAGCAGUUGAAUUGUUGAAA